AUGUCGUCCAUAGGCCCCCAGCUCCCGCCUCAGCUGAAAAGGAGCCGUGACGAGACGGACGACGAAUUAACGACGGGAUCAAAUAAACAUGCUCGUCGCGAGGGCUCUGGGCGGAAUCAAGACGAGAUAGAACUCAAUGACUCUGGAUCAGACUCAGAGGACGACUAUGCACCGCCUAGGCCGGCUUCCUUGCCUGCUGGUGCUAUAGCAAGAGCAGUAGGACCGUCUCUCCCACCACACCUCGCCGCAAACAACACAGACGAAAUCAACCUCUCCGACUCCGAUUCAGACUCAGACACCGGCCCAGCUCCUCCUCCUGGCGCCAAUCCAAAUCCCAACGCCAAUACCAACCCAGACUCCGACUCGUCAGACGACGACGACGACUUCGGCCCGUCCCUCCCAUCUGCCUCAGCCCCCCGCCGCCAGAUCGGACCCUCCCUCCCCCCAUCCCUCGACGACGGCGCCCCCAAGCGCGACGACUGGAUGCUCGCCCCUCCUCCUUCAUCAUCGACCUUCUCCGAGCGCGACACCACCAAGAUCCGCGCCCGCAAGUUCGCCUCCAAGCCUAAGCCAACGUCCUCUACGGCCCCCGGCGCGCCGUCCAUAUGGACCGAGACGCCGGAGGAAAAACUUCGUCGCUUACAGGACUCCGUGCUCGGACGCACAUCGUCUGCAUCUGACGGCCCGUCUAGUCUUUCAGAGGAACAGCAAAGGAAAACUCGUCGCGACGAAGCUCUCGCCGCUGAAAUCCAUGCUCAGCGAGGAAAGACGUUGCUUGAGGAACAUCAAGGCGGCAAGAAGGCCGCAGGCGGGAAGCCUGAUGAGGAGGAGGAUGAUCCGAGCAAGAGGGCGUUUGAUAGGGAAAAGGACAUGGCGGUCGGCGGCAGGAUCACGUCGACACAGAGGAGGGAGCUGAUUAACAAGUCUGCCAAUUUCGGGGGCCGGUUUCAAAAGGGCUCCUUUUUAUAG